UCGUGAGUUCUCCGAAGUGAGAGUCCGGUAACCUGCUUCGGAGUGUUUGGUCGACGGCCCCGGAGAACAAUGGCGCAGCGGCGGCUAGUAGUGUUGUUCGACCUGGGCGGCGUCCUGUUUGGUAGCAACACUCAGAGACUUUUCCGAAACCUGGAGAAGACUCUGGGCUUGCCUGGAGAUUUCUUUCAAAAAGUCAUCCAGCAUGGUGGCCUGAAUGGACCUUUCUCCCAAGGGAUGACUGGCCAGAUUGGAUUAACUCAGCUUAUUGCUGACUUUGAAAAUGAUUGCAAGAAAGUUUCUUCUACUUCUGAUAUCUCCCUCCCUGAAAACUUCUCACUGAGUGAGAGCUUUGAUAAAAUGAUGGCAGGAACUGGCAUCAAUGCACCCUUCCUGAAGGCUGCCAUGCUUCUCAAGAAAAAUGGUUUCAGAAUUGCUAUCCUGACAAACAACUGGAUUGAUGAUACUCCUAGCAGGCAACACACAGGGUUUGCCUUAUGUCUGCUGAGGAGAUAUUUUGACGUGGUGAUUGAGUCAUGUCGUAUUGGCCUGCAAAAACCAGAUCCCAAGAUUUAUGAGUAUGCAUUACAUGAGCUGAAGGCAACACCUGAAGAGGUUAUUUUUCUGGAUGACAUUGGUGCAAACUUAAAGCCCGCUCAGAAGAUGGGGAUGACAACUGUCCUUGUGAAAGAUGUUGACUCUGCUUUGAAGCAGCUUCAAGAUCUGACCGGGGUUCAGCUUCUUGACAAAGAAGAAUAUGUUCUCCCAGCAUGUGAGCCACAGAAUCUGGCCCAUGGAUAUGUAAGAAUCAAGCUUCACACCCAGUUGCACUUUGUGGAAAUGGGGAGUGGUCCAGUGAUUUGUCUCUGCCAUGGCUUUCCAGAGUCCUGGCUUUCUUGGAGGUUCCAGAUUCCUGCCCUUGCUGAUGCUGGUUUCCGUGUCAUUGCCUUGCAAAUGAAAGGCUAUGGAGAUUCUGAGGCUCCACCAGAUAUAGAAGCAUAUUCUCAGGAGGAAAUUUGCAAGGAUUUGGUGAUCUUUCUGGACAAAAUGGUAAGUUCUGAUAAGCGUUAUGCUGGUUUGUGCCUUACAACAUGUAAUAUCAACAAGGUCGUACCAUCCCUAGGAUUCCAUAGCGUAUUUGAGUCUUCAUGUUCAAUUGGCCACAAGUGACGAGCUGUUUUGUAUCAUUUCAUCUCCACAUGGCAGCAGUGAGGUU